AUGACCACUACCCCUGGCUUGCUCCCGUACGAGAUCGUGACAGAUAACGGAUCUCAGUUCAUAGCUCGAACAUUCAAAGACUUCUGCAAGAAGUGGAACAUACGCAUAACGUAUUCCACACCUCGUUAUCCUCAAGGAAACGGGCAAGCUGAAGCAACAAACAAAACCCUCUUGAGUAACCUCAAGAAACGGCUCGACGCCCGUAAACAUAGGUGGUCUGAAGAGCUCGCAGCAGUUCUUUGGGCUUGCCGAACUACACCUCACAAAGCUACUCAUGAGACCCCGUUCUCAUUAGCUUACGGGCUAGAGGCCGUCAUCCCAACUGAAACUUCCGUUCCAAGUCUUCGCAGGAUGCAAUGUCCAGCGAACGUCGAGCUGAACGAAGAAAUGUUGAGAGAUCACCUUGACCUUAUCGACGAACGUCGAGAUCAAGCUCUGAUCCGGAUCCGGAUACUAUCAACAGGCCGCAGCUCGCUAUUAUAA